UAUGCUUUGUGACUUGUCUUGGCCUGUCGCACAAACUUCAUUCGCGGCUUAUAAAAUAUUAAAGCAGACUAAUUAGUAAUAUGCAGUGCGGUUAUAAAGAUUAAUAAAUGCCCGCCACGUCAAAUGCAGGCGAACUAAAACAUUUUCAAUAAUGAAAUCGCAUUCUCUAUCGCUUGGUUCAACUAACGGGCUAUUUGGAAAGCCAGGGAAGGGGAAUUUGGUGCCAUUUCGAGAUGAUAACGGAGAAAAAUUUAAUUUCAAAAACGCUGCCUUAUUCAAACGGAAAUAAUGAACCAAUCAACUAUGGCGUUCUAUGUUAUCUUUUGAAUAAUCAGCCAAUAACGUCAAUCCACAUAAAUAAAUCAUUUUCACACUUUAUGCUAAUACAUGAUUCUUGGUAUUAAUUAUCAACAUGGACUCCGUAUCGUGUUUGAUGGCGCUGUUUGAUUUGGUCGCUUUAUUCGCUGUGAUAGGACUUCUAUUUAUGUAUUUCGUUCAUGUCGUAGCUAUUGUCUACGGCAAAGUUAAGCUCCACAGAUUCAAUUUGACAUCAAGUCAUGUUUCUCAGGGUCCUAAUAAUUUCUGUCCUGGUGUCAGUAUGUUAAAGCCUCUCGUCGGCGAAGAUGAAAACCUGUACAUGAACUUGAAAAGUUGUUUUGACCUUAACUAUGAAAAGCUGCAAAUUCUGUUUUGUGUUCAAGACGAAAACGAUCCCGCCACUCGAACAGUUAAGAAACUCAUGGAUGACUAUCCCAAUGCAGAUGUUCAACUGCUAACAUGUGCAACGACUGGAGGAGUAAAUCCAAAAAUAAACAAUAUGUUGCAAGGCUACAAAGUUGCAAAGUACGAUUUGAUAUGGAUAAAUGAUAGUGCAUUAUUUGUUCAUCCUAAUACACUGUCGCAAAUGGUUUCUGAUAUGGCCGAUGAUGUUGGAAUAACUCAUCAGGUACCGUUUCUGAUGAAUAAGUCGUCUUUUGCUGGAGUACUUCAAAAGGUUUAUUUUGGCACCCAACAUGCCCGUGUGUAUCUCUUUGCAAAUGCUCUUGGUUUUACAUGUACAAAUGGAAUGUCCAUGUUGUUGAGGAAGCAUGUGCUAGAUAAAGUAGGCGGAAUUCAGGCAUUUUCUUCCUACAUUGCCGAGGAUUUCUUUAUAAGUAAAUCUUUUGCCGAUAGAGGUUGGAAAAUCGUGUUGAGUAGUUUGCCGGCGAUGCAAAAUCCAUCAAAAAUCGAUUUGUCGUCUUUUUUUACAAGAAUGGUAAGGUGGACGAGGCUACGUAUCACAAUGAUGCCGGUAAUUGGAGUCCUUGAACCAUUGACCGAGUGUAUUACAAUUGGAUUAUUGGGAUGUUUUGGGGCAUAUUAUUUAUGGGGACUUAGUAUAUGGAAGCUUUUACUUUCCCAUUGUUUAUUGUGGUUUGUUGCCGAUCAACUGUUGUUACAUAUUAUGCAAGGGCCUGUUCCAAUGGCACCAUUCUACGAGUUAACGCUAGCGUGGCUACUACGGGAGACGUGGACGUACUUCAUAUUCCUUCGGGGGCUGUGCGGAAGGGAGAUCACAUGGAAAAAUGGCGCGUUCAGAAUACAGACUGGCGGGAAAGCAUAUCGUAUACAGGGCAUGAAAGUUGAAGAUGAUGAGCAUUGCUUGUGAAAUAGAUAUAUAGUGACACAUAGUAUAUAUUUAUAAUUUAUACCAUACCUGCAAAGCUCCAUAUGUACAAAUCUCGCGUUUCUUCGCGUUUUUAACUACUUUAAAAUGUUAUGAAUGUUGCCAUUGUUAUGAUUAAAAAUGUUGCCAUUUUAUCAUCA